CUCCGCCAUGGGAGCAAAUUCAAAGGCACGCAAAAGUCCGAUCGCCAGACGUACCAUGUCCAAGUCGAGAUAAAGCACGUGGAUAUGGAGGAGUCGUUUUUGUGUGGUUAUCUCCGGAUUCAGGGACUCACACAAGACCAUCCUACCUUGACAACCUACUUCGAAGGCGAAAUCAUUGGCACGAAACACACUUUCCAGACCCGACAUUCGGAAUGGGGCUCCAAUGAGAAGACAGACAUGCAGCAUUGGGGCCGAUUCCCGGCCUGGAGGCCUCUUGCCAAAGCUGCGAAACGACCGGAUUUCAACUUCAAAAACUUUGCCCAACGAGAGAACAUCUUCAUGAGGUGGAAAGAAUACUUCCUGGUGCCGGAUCAUCGGGUCCGAACGAUAUCUGGCGCGAGCUUCGAAGGCUUCUACUACAUAUGCUUCAAUCAGGUGUCCGGGACGGUCAGUGGGAUCUACUUUCACGCAAAGAGUGAAAAGUAA